AAAUUUUUCUAUAUCUAAUCAUGACAAAUUGUAGAAAGAAUAAAACAUUGUGGGGGGGGGGGUGAAAAAAGUAUUUACCCCUGCCCUUUUCAAGCAGUGAAAGUUACUUUAAAAUGAAAAGAUGUAUGAAAAUCUAGAAGCUAUACUCUGGUCAGUUUAGUCUGUAACCCCGCCCUAGCAGGAACCAACUAUACAGAUAAGGUUGAUUUAAACGAUGGAAAAAACAUCAGUUCUGUGUUUACUUCUAGUAUUUCAGAUGACUCAAGUAUCUGUUACCCAACUACACACGGAUUCUAGUAGCAAUAUAUCAAGUAUAGAGAAAAGAUUAUAUCUGCAUGUUGUACACACAAAACGUUCUGCUUUAAUUCAGAGUGCUCGGAUUCUUGACAAACAGAUAGAUCAGAUCAUUGCAGAAAUAGAACCAGUAGCUACAGCAACAAGGGCAAAAUUGACGGAAACUAAAGAAAAGGGAAACAAGCGAGCCUGGUCGUAUGGAGUUUCUGUAGCACUGGCAAAUGGACUGUACUCUUGGAGUUAUAUUUACGGGAAAUCCAAGGCGGAACUCACUACAUCAGACUGGGCGGUUUUAGUUGCAAACUCAGGAUACACCUGGGGAUAUGCAGGUCCCUUCUUAAUUGAAGGUCAACUUGAUUCGCCUGAACCAGCGUGUGGGGCAUCAGAUAUAUUUCAGGCUAUGAACGAGUUUGGUCUGCCAUCUUUGUCUGAAGUAUAUUCUGUUCUGGAAUCAGCGGAUGGAUCUAUGCCUCCCUAUCAGCUGCUGGAGCCGGGUACUAGUACAAGUAUUCUUCAACAGAUGGCUCUGGAACGCUCCCUUGCAAUGAAAAGUGCAGGAUCUUGUUUGAUCGACAGCGACGAGGGAGCAAAGCUGAAGGGUGUUAUUAACCGUCUAGAAGUAGCUGUGGAAUCCAGGUUGGAUAUAACGGAGAGCUUGCUGCAAACUUUGAAGGAGGAAUAUUCACAACUAUAUUAAAUAUAUACUAAACCAUAUAUUCAUACAUAUAUAUAUAUACUAAACCAUGAUCAAGGAUUAUCUAUGCUUGAAAAAUCUGAUGUAACCAAGCGUCAAAUUGUUCUCUCUCCCUUUAAAACAAUUGAGACUUUUUUUAGAAAAUACUUGCACCUUACAUCAUCAAGUUACUAAAAAUGCUUUUUUGCAACUAAUACUAAUUGAGUUGAUAUCACCCAUUUAACCUUCUCUUGAUUUUAUGCGUUUUUUCCUUUCACCCUAAUGUACAUUCUUUCCACAACAAAUAUCAAUUUUAGUAUGUCUGGCGUACCAACUUAAAUUUGCUAAUUCCCAUAUUUUGCAACCUGAUGGUGUAAACCAUUAUAUUUUAGAAAUUGAAUACUGAUCCAUAGAAUUCAUUGUUUGAAAUAUCUAAGGUCAAUAAUUGUGUUCAGCAUAUUCAUCAGAUUUCUAUAGUGCAGAGGCAGACACGAUACUGAAGAACUAAUAGUCGUCAAUUAAGUUUUUCACACUUUACCAAAAUGUGUUAGAAUAGCUUCAAAACUAGUUUUUUUUUGCGUAAACAAACACAAUUUUGUAAACAGUGACUGAGUAAACAAUAACCAAAUGUUGAAAGCUCUCACUCAAAAAUCUAAAAUAAUUUUGCCAAUUACUUCUAAAAACCUUGAGCUAAAAACAAACGCUUUAUAGCUCUAAGAUGUACAUGUCUAGGGUUACAAAAAUAGGUUUAUAAUUGAGUUUGUGAGGUAAAAUCAUCACAGGUCAAGGAGUUUCAAUAUUUGAAAGUUGACUUUGCUUUAAAAAAAUUAUGCAAAUUUCCACAGAAGUCUGAAUCUAAGAUCUAAGCUUUGUUUAAAAUCUGUGUUAUUGUUCAUAAAUAUAUAUAUUAUAUAUAUAUAUAGGACCAACUGAAAAUAUUCAUUUAAUAUUAGAG